CCAGCCUCCGCCUCCACCUCUAGCCACACGGUGCCUCCCAGUUUCUUCCUGCACUGAGGGACAGCUCACAGUUCACCUCUGCCCUGAGUUCUGGAAGCCUGGGAGUAUCUGAAGACUGAUCUGGAGAAACUCAGCCCUCCUCAGGUUACCUGAAUGAAUGGACCGCCCUUAAGUUACACCUCCACUCAGAGGUCUGGGGGCAGAGCUUCCAUAUCGGAGUAGAUGUGAAGAGGUUUCCCACUGCUGAAGAGGAAGGCCAAACAACUCGAAUCUGAAGAAAUGAAAUUGCCAAGGACAGUUGCGUUCUGCUUCGUGCUUAUUGCGACGUGUUCUUCAGAAGCGACAUUGAGCGUGAGCGUUCAGCCCGUUGCUCGGCCCGUGAUUCUCCACGAACAUGACCUAGCCGGGGAAGAGCCAGCGAGGCAGAAACGAGCAGUUGCAGUGGGUGGUCCCGCGGAGGAAGAAUACACCGUAGAUGUUGAGAUCAGUUUUGAAAACAUCUCCUUCCUGGAGUCCGUCAAGGCUCACUUGAACAGCCUCAGUUUUCCAAUUCAAGGAAACGGCACAGACCCAGCCACGGACAUCAUGAGCAUAGCAAUGACAACAGUCUGCACACCUGCUGGAAAUGACCUCUUGUGCUCCUGCGAGAAAGGCUAUGUGUGGCCCCGGGAAAAGUGUCUCCACAGUCUAACUUGUCAAGAGCAUGAAGGUGCCCUGUCAGGCCGCUCCUGCAGUUGUCUGAAAGGACUUCCUCCCCAGGGACCUUUCUGCCAGCUCUCUGAUGCAUAUAUUACCUUAAAAAUCAAAGUCAGACUGAACAUAGGAUUUCAAGAAGACCUCAAGAAUUCGUCCUCUGCCCUCUAUAGGUCCUACAAGACCGACCUGGAAAGAGCGUUCCGGGAGGGUUACAAAACUUUACCAGGAUUCAGAUCGGUGACUGUGACACACUUCACCAAAGGCAGCGUGGUUGUGAACUUCGAGGCCCAGUUUGGAUCGCCACCGCUGCCUGGAUCAAUUCCUAAAGCCAACGAGCAGGUCACACAGAACCUCAACCAGACAUACAAACUGGACUACAGCUCCUUCCAAGGAACGCCGAGCAAUGAAACGAAGUUCACGGUUACACCGGAAGUCAUCUUUGAGGGGGACAGGGUAGUUCUGGAGUGUGAAAGUGAAAUCUUGUCCUCCAACGCGUCUUGGUAUUACGGAGAGAAACGCUCCGAGAUCCAGAACCACGGUAGAUUCUCCAUCCAAACCUCGGUCCUCAACAUGAGCUUGGUCUCGCGCCUCACCAUUUAUAACUUCACGAAGCAGGAUGCCGGUGAAUAUCGUUGCAAGCUGACACUGGAUAUUUUUGAAUAUGGGGACGCCAGAAGACUGGAUGUCACUCCUAUCCGGAUCCUGGCCAAGGAAGAGAGGAAGGUGGUGUGUGACAGCAACCCUAUCUCGUUGAACUGCUGCAGUGAGAACAUAGCAAACUGGAGCAAAAUUGAGUGGAAGCAGGAGGGGAAAAUAAAAAUUCUAGGGAUCCCAGAAACAGACCUAGACUCUAGCUGCAGCACUUACACCCUCAAGGCAGAUGGAACCCAGUGUCCCAGCGGGUCUUCUGGAACAACAGUCACCUACACGUGUGAGUUCGUCAGUCCCUACGGAGCCAGAGGCAGUAAGAACAUAGCUGUGACCUUCGUCUCUGUAGGAGAUAAUUCCAGCUACAAAGGGGAAGUGCCCGAGGUCCUAAGGCAUGUGAUGGAAGUGAGUACAGUUCAGAGCACCACCGCCUACAGCCUAGAAACAAGUAAAGCCCAGGAACAGCAAGCCAACCUAACAAUAACCUCGGACCCAAUUUCUGUUUCUGAGGGACAAAGCUUCUCUAUCUCAUGCAUCAGCGAUGUGAGUAACUAUGAUGAGGUGUACUGGAACACUUCUGCUGGCAUUAAAAUCCACCCAAGGUUUUACACCAUGAGCAGGCGUCAGGAUGGAGCGGAGUCGGUCCUGACGGUGAAGACCUCCACCAGGGAGUGGAAUGGAACCUACCACUGCAUAUUUAGAUACAAGAAUUCAUACAGCAUCGCCACCAAAGACGUCAUCAUCCACCCACUGCCUCUGGAGUCGGAUAUCAUGAUGGACCCUUUGGAAGCCAGUGGUCUGUGCACCAGUUCCCAUCAGUUCAGGUGCUGCGUGAAAGAGGAGGAAGGGGAAGAGUACUCCGUCACCUUCCACGUCGGCUCCUCAGCCUUUCCUGCUGAGCGAGAAGUCAACGGCAGGCAAGCAUGCUACAAAUACAGUCUCCCAGCAAACUUACACCUGUGUCCCAAAAACAUCGACGUGUUUUGCCACUUUACCAACGCGGCCAAUACCUCGGUCCGGAGCCCAUCGAUGAAGCUCACCCUUGUUCGGGGUGAGAAUAUCACAUGCCAGGAUCCUGUGAUUGGUAUUGGAGAGCCUGGGAAGGUCAUUCCGAAGUUGUGCCAAUUCUCAAAAGUUUCCAGAAGCCCUGGCCAGAUCAUCGGCGGGAUCGUCACUUAUAAAUGUGUGGGCUCCCAGUGGAAGGAGGAGAAAAGAGGCUGCAUCUCGGCUCCAAUCAACAGUUUGCUCCAGUUAGCCAAGGCUUUGAUCAAGAGCCCCUCGCAGGACCAGAAGCUCCCUACAUAUCUGAGGGACCUUUCCACUAGUGCUGGGAAGGAAGAAUGGGAUGUCCGCUCAUCUCCAGGAAGCCUGGGAGCCGUCAUCAGCAUCCUUGAUUUGCUCUCAACAGUUCCAACCGAAGUGAAUUCGGAAAUGAUGAGGGAUGUGCUUGCCACCAUUAAUGUCAUCUUAGACAAGUCGACCUUGAAGUCCUGGGAGAGGUUACUACAGCAACAGAGCAACCAGAGCUCCCAGUUCCUGCAUUCAGUGGAAAGGUUUACCAAAGCGCUGCGGCUGGGAGACAACACCCCUCCGUUCCUCUUCCACCCGAACGUUCAGAUGAAGAGCAUGGUAGUAAGACGUGGCCACCCUCAGACCUACCAGCAGAAGUUUGUCUUCACGGACUCUGACUUGUGGGGCGACGUCGCCAUUGAUGAGUGCCAGCUGGGGAACUUGCAGCCCGACUCAUCUAUUGUCACUGUGGCUUUCCCGACUCUCAAGGCCAUCCUUGCCAAGGAUGGACAGGAAAAGGCGUCUUCCAACAGCUUGGUGAUGACCACUACCGUCAGCCACAGCAUCAUCAAGCCCUUUAGGAUUUCCAUGACUUUCAAGAACAACCAUCGUUCAGGCGGCAAGCCGCAGUGUGUCUUCUGGAACUUCAGCCUUGCCAACUACACAGGGGGCUGGGACAGCAGUGGGUGUUCCAUGGAGGAUGAUGGCAGGGACAAUAGGGACAGGGUCUUCUGCAAGUGUAACCACCUGACAUCAUUCUCCAUCCUCAUGUCCCCAGACUCCCCAGAUCCAGGAUCUCUCCUAAAAGUACUUCUGGAUAUCAUUUCUUACAUUGGGCUGGGGUUUUCCAUCUUCAGCUUAGCGGCCUGUAUAGUUGUAGAAGCCAUGGUGUGGAAAUCAGUGACCAAGAACCGAACUUCCUAUAUGCGCCAUAUCUGCAUAGUCAACAUCGCCUUUUGCCUUCUGAUUGCUGACAUCUGGUUCAUUGUGGCUAGUGCGAUCCACGAUGGCCACUACCCACUCAACGAAACAGCCUGCGUGGCCGCCACCUUCUUCAUUCACUUCUUCUACCUCAGCGUCUUCUUCUGGAUGCUGACGCUGGGCCUCAUGCUCUUCUACCGUCUGAUCUUCAUUCUACACGAUGCGAGCAAGUCCACCCAGAAAGCCAUUGCCUUUUCCCUAGGCUACGGCUGCCCUCUCAUUAUCUCAUCCAUCACAGUGGGGGUCACGCAGCCGCAGGAAGUCUACAUGAGGAAGAAUGCAUGCUGGCUCAACUGGGAGGACACCAGAGCACUACUGGCUUUUGCCAUCCCAGCCCUGGUUAUUGUGGUGGUGAACGUGAGCAUCACAGUCGUGGUCAUCACCAAGAUCCUGAGGCCUUCCGUCGGAGACAAGCCCGGCAAGCAGGAGAAGAGCAGCCUGUUUCAGAUCAGCAAGAGCAUCGGGGUCCUCACGCCUCUCUUAGGGCUCACUUGGGGUUUCGGUCUCGCCACAGUGAUCCAGGGGAGCAGUGCCGUGUUCCACAUCAUCUUCACCCUGCUCAAUGCCUUCCAGGGGCUCUUCAUUUUACUCUUCGGCUGCCUCUGGGAUCAGAAGGUGCAGGAAGCUUUGCUGAAUAAGUUUUCAUUGUCAAGAUGGUCUUCUCAGCACUCAAAGUCAACAUCCCUGGGUUCAUCUACACCCGUGUUUUCUAUGAGUUCUCCGAUAUCCAGAAGAUUUAAUAAUCUUUUUGGUAAAACAGGAACAUAUAACGUUUCCACCCCAGAAACAACCAGCUCUUCUGUGGAAAACUCCUCUAGUGCUUACUCGCUGCUCAACUAGGACCAGACAACGCCAAAUCCACAGGACCGCUCAGAAAUGCGGCGUGUGCCGAGAAAAAGGGACCCAUCCAAAUCUGUGGGUAACGUGUUCUCUCUGCAGACCUCUGGGAGCAGAUGCUGAAGAGAUUCUUUCAGUAGAGAAGACGCUUUCUUCUGUAAGGACAGACUAAAGCAAUUGCCAUGUUUAUUUUUGUUCCCACCCCCAUCCGUUGUGUAAUGCCAACUAUGUAUAGUAUUUAAAAGAAACCCCACAAGGCCCAACGUUUCUAUAUGUAUUGUAAAAUAGAAUUUUGAAGAGAGUUUUUCAGCCCAUCCUACCCCACCCCACGCCAUGGACUAUAAAGAUCAGUGUUGGCUGGAGCUGUAGUAAAGGCCGGUACUCAGGAGUUCAGUGGAUUCGAGGAAGAGAGAAAAGGUAGGAGGAAGGAAGGAAGGAAGGAAGGAAGGAAGGAAGGAAGGAAGGAAGGAAGGAAGGAAGGAAGGAAGGAAGAUGACGUUGAAAACAUUAGGGAGUACAUUGUAAGGUUUCCACAUCAAGGUCUAAUACGAUCACGCAAAUGCCACAGCACUGAGAAUGAAAUAAACGGCUCUAAAAUGGACAAUGAGAUGAAGCUGUGGGGGGCAAGAAUAACACAUUCGUGGCAUUUCCCUAGUUAAAAGGGUAGAAUCCAAGACAGAGGGGAAAUAGGAAGGGCAUCAUGCCACAAGGAUGCUUCUGGCUGGAUAGUAGUAUCUACAAGCAAUGCACCCAAGGAGACACAUGUCCUCACGACAAGGAUAUGCGUAUGAACCUUUGCAUGUCAAGGCCUGAGCAAAGAUGGAUGAACACAUGUAGGAACUAUGACAGCAACUCUGUCAGAUUCAAGUUUGUCAGGAAAGCACUGUGUGUUAGUUUGUUUGACAUUUUGAAGGCAACACAUGUGUAUGUAUAUAUUAUACCCAGUUAUUGACAAAUUUGUUAUAUCGCGCUGGGCUCAGACUCCCCUGUCUGUCUUACCUGUAACAGCUUUAACCAGGUACUUUCUGUGCGUUAUAGAAUAGACUUUAAUGACUGUGUAGCAUGUACAGUUCUGUUAUUGCGGUUGUGAUGUCAUCAUGCCUGUGGAGACGUUGGCCCUUGGUGUGCUGUCCAGCUGGCUGUGUACUGUCCGUUGCUGGUCUUUUAAGUGCCCAGGCCAAUACACAUUCAGAGCCACUUGGAAGGCUUCCGGAGGACGAACACGAGGCUCUUCUGUGCCCCCAGCCACCCUUUGCUUUGAUAAGCAAAUGGCAGACUCCCCCGCCCAAGGAUUAGUUUGUGAAUUCACACCCAUGUGGUUUUUGUAUGUAUGUCUCCCAAAAAUACAGAUAUUUAUUAAAACUGCAUCCAUGUUAGAGCGCACCAUGUUCAGGACCCCAGAGCAAUCAUUCAGUUCAUACAUGUCCAAGGGGAAUCGCAGAGGAAGUGGCCCUAAGGACAGGGUCUUCGUGAAUUUCUCCUUGCUGUAGGAAGACGCUGUGUCAAAAGGAGCUCCAGGGAGAUGAGGUUUGCUUUGGCGUCUACUUUGGAGCACAGUCUGUUGCGGUGGGGAAAGCACGGUUGGGGAACAUGAAGCCAGCCCACCACACUGCCUUGGCAGUCGGGAAAUAAAAACAGGAAGUGGGACAAGUCUAUGACCUCUCACAGCCCUCCCCCAGGGACACACCUCCUCUAGCCAGGCUCCACCUCCUAGAGGUUCUGUAAUCUUCCCAAACAGCACCAACAGGAGGUGGGAGGGGUGGGGCAAGGGUUCGAAUACGGAAGCCUAUAGGGGGCAUUUCACGUUCAACAACAAACAGCAGGCUCCUCAGGGUGGGUGGGCAGUGUUCGGUUUUGAGAGCCUCUGUGUGCCCUUCAUGAGAAAGACAGCAGAGAGGGGUCUGAGCUCUAGCCAUCAUUCAUUGACUUAGGUUCUGAGAGUUUUAUUUUUAAUAUUUUUAAACACUUUAAAAAACUCCUCCUUUUAGCUCUAAGCUUGAAUUCUGCUUCUCUGUUCUUCACAGAGACAGAGAAAUAUGGGACAAAAUUCCAUCCAUUGAGUUCUGUCUCCAUACAAGUGCCACAAGUAUCUGUUCCCACAGGCCUGUCCCAACCUAAUGGCUCAUUAUUUAAAGUCCUUACAGGAAACAAAUGUUGAUGUGCAAACACGGGUGAGUUCUCCAGGGAGUCUCCAAAGCAGGACAGAGUUCAGUAGAGAGAAAACAGAGACGAGUCUAAACAAGGCAUCCUUUGGAUUAGAAUCGGUUGUUCGGGAAAGAGUGGCUUGGACUCAUUCAGCUCCUUGGAGCUCUGAGCAGGGGUACUGCACAGCACACAGCUCUGAGCAGGGGUACUGCACACCAUGGCAGUGCAGCCUUGACAUCAGGGAGACACAGCACCAGGCAAGGUGCAGAAGUCCGAGGAACGCUGAACUUCGGCCCACUUCACUGCUGCCCCUUGGGAGCCAUUGGGCUUGACCUUGUGAAGAAAACCUCUAUAACAGCGUAAUAGCAGGAACUUCCAGCUGAAUUCCAUAGGAUGUGGCUCUGGCCCUCUGCCCGUGUUCAUUCACAGGGACACGUUCCCCUGUUGCCAGCACGCAUGCUCACAGAGUCUAACAGACUCACAAAUUCAUACAUAGACCCCAUACUCUGACAUAGGCAGACACAGACAUGCACACACACCUGCACACUCAUAUGGACACACAUCAACACCCAAACACACAGGCACACCUGGACAGAUGUUUUUGUGAGAACUGCCACAUCUCUGUCCCGACUGAGUGGCUCAGAAUUCCCUAAAGGAAGUUUGUUAGUGUGUAAACACAAGAUUCAGCAGGGGCCGUUCAUCUUUGGGCCGACGUGUAUGCAUUCACACCAAGAUGAGCACACACACACACGCACACACACACACACACAUAUUCACACCAACCAGAGCACACACGGAGGCCCCUCAGUCUUUCAAGACACAGCAUUGGAUUCCAGAAGAUGUGGCUGGAGAUCUGGCUCGGUGGUUGAGAAGGUGUACGGUUCUUACAGAAAAAUCUCAAGUUCGACUCCCACGUUGAGCAGCUCCCCACCACCUGUAAUUCCUGCUGGAGGGAGUCUGCUGCCCUCCUGUUGACUUUGGGGAUACUUAUAUGUGCCUAUCCCUGUCCCUGACACACGUGUUUACACAUAAAGUUUCAAAAAUAAAUUCCAGAAGAUGUAUGUGACAAACGCCGAAGGCGCACUUGGUGGAUUUCUGCCCAUGGUCCCACGCUGGCAUUUCUAAGCGUAGGACCCAAAAUUGCCAAAGAUGGAAGCACACGGGUCUGUGUAUUGCGUGAAAGCCGAGCCUGCACCCAGUUCUGCAGCAGCAGCGGGCAUGAACUGUGGCAGCGGAGUGUUGAGUGACUUAGGCGCCAUGGGAAGCCUGUUCACUUUGCUAAGAGAGCGCCCCCUCCUGCCCGUGUUCUCCGUGUCUUUUAUUGUGUAAUGUAAAGUCCUUGGGUCCCAGCUCUUUCCAUACUGGACUUUCCAUUAAGGCAGUUUCUUGCAAAAAGAUCAAUGCUGAUGCUUCAGGGGCUGUGGAGUUGGAGGAUCCAAAACCACACAGUUAAUACACAGCAGUGUUGUCAGGGCUGCUCUGAUUGUCACUCCGCAUCUCUCAGGUGGAAAUGAAGGAACGCCAUGGGAAGCCAGAGCCUCUUGUAAUUUGUGCAGGGCCCUCCAGAGAGGUCUGUGUCAGAAGGAAAUGUACACGGAGAUAAGAAAGAAUACAGCAGUCAGUUGGCUUGGAGGGAGACACGGGGGCGGGGGAAGGGGGACUGAUCCCAGGAGAGUGAAGCAGAAAGUCACAGCCAGCUAGGAAGACAGAAGAGAAUCACAUGAGUUGUUUAUGCAGGGAGAAGUGUUUAAUCUGUGGCAUGUAGAGGUGCCGCGAUGAGGGGCCCUUGCGCCCCAAAGAGAGAGCCAGUGAUCCAGGCCAAUAGAAACCUGGUUCCUUGAGCAUCCACAAGGGAGGAGCCUGGAGCAGACAUCAAUUUCUUACUGAUUUUUAAGGACAAGAGAAAUAGCAUUUCUGUCAUGGGUUUCUAGAAUUAGGACUCAGAGUUUAAAACCAUGUCCUGCUCAUACGUCAGUGUAUAGUGAUGCUUUCUUUCCCGGUAAUAAAAUAGCUAAUGAUUCACCGAG